AUGGGCAAGAAGAACAAGAAGUCUUCCAAGGAGUCCGACAAAUUCGACAAACCAGACAAACUGGCUCUCACGACUGACGCAGGCCUCUCCCGAAGAUUCAAGGAAGUUCUUGUCGAGAUUUUCAGGCGCUUUGACCUUGAUGAAGACGGGCUGCUCUGCGACGCCGAGCUGAAGGGAUUUAGCCGUGUUGCCAACAAGGACGAUCGGGAGUUCACAGAGGCAGAGUUGUGUGAGAUGAAGUCCAUGUUUCACUGGAAGUCAGAUGAACCCUCUGGCCUAACCCUGCGCGGCUUCGUGCAGCUCUAUGAACGGCAGACGGCCAUCUCUGAAGAUGAGACCUGGUCGGAUCUCACCCGCCUUGGCUACAACUUUCUGCUGGAUCAUGAGGUGCUUGAGUCAAAUGAGGAUAGCGCCCUGAAGGAGACAAAAGAGACGGAAGGAAGAAGAGAAGUCAGACCGGUCGCAGACUUGGAGGAAGACUUGAAGCUAUUUGGUGCCUCAUCGGAAAAGCUCUUGGUGUUGGAUUCUGCGGACUCCGUGCAGAGGGUGUGCCUGUCCAGAAUGGCAAUAGAGAUGGGCCUGGAAUGUCGCAUGCUCCAAACAGAAGCCUCGGACAUCCCAAGCUUGCAUGUUUUCAGAAGACCAACUCCAAGUGGGCCUGCUCUAAAUUUGGACAGGCAGGCGUUGCCGGCUUCAGCCAGCAGAAACAGCAAAGCGUGCCCAGUUUUUACCGGACUGGAGUUGGAUGCUGCUUCCUGCAAGCAGUUGCUUGAUGCCUUCGGUAGCUACGUGCCUGCCGGUUGGCAAGUUUUCGCUCACCACAUGACAAUCUGCUUGGGCAGUCUCUCCGAGGCUCGAUCAAGCGACUGCGAGAUUUCGUGUGAUCUUCAAGAAUCCAUACGGAACCUGCGGGCUACAGAAAGUCUGACAGUUGAGCCAAUCUCCAUCGGCAAGGCUGACGGAGUCAUCGCUCUCGGGGUCAUCGGAUGCCCUUCUGUCAAUCGCGUUCCACACAUAACCCUGGCUUGUGCAAAGGGACACAGGCCCGUCGAAAGCAACAAGAUCUCCAAAUGGAGGGCUCUGCCGGUUGACAGGCUGAUAUCGUUGAAGGGGAAUGUCCGAGAGUACCAGCAGGCUGAGGUUAGUGCAGGCUUGACGGCGUCCACCACUCAAGAUCGCCAAGAGAUGUUGCAUAGGCUGGAAGCGCUGGAGGCUCAAGUCUUAGCUGCUCGCGCAAUUUGCAUGAGAGAGCUUCUGGCGUCCGAUGACGCCAGCGUCCGCUGCGCUAUCGAAGAACGUGAGCGUGAGCUCGCCUCCCUGAACAAAGUUGACGAGGAAGACAGCAAGUGGCAAGACUACGCCAUCGCUUGCUCUGUGACAAAGGGCUUCGAGCCCGAGCAGAUUACCCUGAAAGUGGUGUUCGAUUGGAGUGAUGCAGAUGGCUCUGGAAAACUCUCCAGAAAAGAGCUUGAAGGGUCCCUGGGGAAGAUCAGGGCCUGCUGUGGCUCACUCCCGGAGAUCACCGACGAGGCCUGGCACCACCUCGAUGAGGAUGGCAAUGGCGUUGUCAACUUCGGUGAGUCUGCGUCGUGGGCCGGGCCUCGCCUGGGCUUGGAGUUAGGCGUGAAAAAGAUGCUCGGCAAGUCUGCAAGCUUGAUGAUGUCAUCUUCGCCCUGCGGUGUAUUGGGCUGCCCCUGCGAGAACUACGUUGGGGAUGAGGACAAGCGCCACGAGAAGAAGUGCAAGGACUGCAAACAUAAGGGCGGCCUGCAUGUGACGUCAAGGGCAUCGAUUGGCGAAGUCCCGUUUCCCGGCUACUGGAAAAACCACGAUGGAGAAUUCAACGAGCUGAUUCCCAUGACAGGCAAGCUGGAUGAGUGGCAGAGGCUGUUAAAAGAAACCUACAGGAAAGCCUACACAAAGGACCGCGGGAAGCACAAUCCAACGAACCCGAAAGUCCCGGCAGGUUUUGAGGUGGUGAAUGUGAAGCGCAACGAGAACAAAAAGUCUUGGGAGGAGUACGCGUGCCGGCGUGGCGAUUUGCUGGAAAGGGAGGAGCCACCAGCACCGUUUCCGGAUGUCAAGACAAGCGUGGCAAUGGAAAAGAUUGGAGGAGCCAAGGCAAGCCGCUUGCACGCAGAGUGCAACGAGUGGUACCUUUUCCACGGGACAAAUCCUUCGGCAGCUGAAGCUAUUUGCCAAACUGACUUCAAAGUCAGCCGGGCUGGGUCCAGUACUGGCACCCUGUAUGGUAAAGGACUCUAUUUCGCUGAGUCCAUCACCAAGGCCGACGAGUACGCAAAGCCGAACGAGGAGGGCCUUUAUGCAGUGUUGGUUUGUCGAGUUCUCGGUGGGCAAGUGCACUAUACUGACGAGGUGGAGCCUGACCCUGAAGCACUUGUGCAUUCCUGCAUCGAGGGGCCUUACGACACUGUGUGUGGUGACCGUGAGAAGACCCGUGGAACGUACAGGGAGUUUGUCCUCUUCGACUCCGAAGACGUGUAUGUAGAGUAUGUGAUCGAGUACAAGCGAAAGUACAAGGACUAG